AUGGACUUGACUUUCAUCUCCAUCCACGACCUUACUCCUGACGCUCGCGUCCUCUACUCCUCGGAUUCCAUUGUCGAUGUCCUGGGCUGGACUCCAGAUGAAGUCGUCAAUCGCUCGUGCUGGGAGUUCUUCUCCGAAGACGAACUGCCAUUCGCCCAAGCAUUCCACAAGAAGGGUGUACAGAUGGACAAGGCCGCUGUGCUAUCAUACUGCCGGGUGAAAAACAAGGAGGGCCAAUGGACUGGUGUCGAAUGUUGCUUCACCAUUGUCUAUGAUGUUAUGAUCGUUUGCACCUCCAUCUACCGAAGGGGGUCUCCAAGUCAAAAACGAGCCGAAGAGGCACCCAUCAUUCGCCGUCUAUUCUCGUCUUCACCACGAGACCCACGUUACCACAUGUUGUCACACAUCUCGGACAAGUUCAGAAGACCUGUCCAGAAGGAGAGGCACGAACCUCGAGCCGCCUUGUUUCUGAAUCGUUUCACUCGCACCUUGACCAUCAUGUAUGCGACAGCUGGCCUUGAGGAAAUUCUAGGCAUUCCUGCCGAAUCCAUGAGAGGUCGUAGUUUCUACUAUUGCAUCUCCGAAAACUGUCUCCAAGAUGCUAUUAAGUGUCUCGAGAACGCAAAGGCGAACGACUCGAUAGCCUACCUCCGCUUCUGGUUCCGGGAUCCUCGUAUAGAUGAUGACGCCACGACGCCGAUGGACGAGGAAAGUGAUGAUGAGAUGACCGCCAGCAGUGUGGACCAGGAAGUUGGCGGUGGUGUUCACAUCAACGGCUCCCAUUCAGCCUCUGAAAGUAUGGAUGUUGAUCCAUCAGACUACAUAUCUAAUUCCAGGACCACAUCAGGGAACAGCACGGACGCACACGACACCCACUCGGCCAUCUUUGGAGAUUCUAUGGCCGAGGAAUCAUCAGCCGCAUCAUCCGUCAGUUCACCGGAUGGCAGCACUAGGCCUCAGAUUAACCGCGAGCCGAUCGAGCUCGAAGCCGUCAUCUCAUGUACAUCCGAUGGUCUCGUAGUGUGUCUACGACGGGCGCGUCCAAUGCUUCCUACCUUGUCACGUACGAGACACAACAACGGCCUUUUUGCUGCUCCUUGGGCAACAGAGCCAAUUCUUCCUCCAAUGGAAGCACGCCCACAGCAAGCCUUUGCUACAAACUUUGCACCGUCUUUGGGACCAUUCAGCGCUCAUACAGACCAUGUCAGAGCUGGUGGCCCUGCCCAGGACGACUUCAUGAACUCAAUCCGCGAGCAGGCUAUUUUCGCAUGGGCGCUCACUGGAAUCAACGGUGCGCUUCACCAAUAUGGUGUCAACAAACCCCACGGAGAGUCUUUGCCACUUGAAGGUCUUGAAGUCUGGGAGUCUGAUCCAUAUGCUCAGUCUGAGAUAUUUAGAAGUGACUCUGGCUCCGGGCUUGACGGCAUGACAAAGAGUCAUAGUCCGGCACACAUGUUCGGCGAUCCUGGCCUUGAUGGCUACAGGAAGAAGUAG